GCGCCGGGACAGGGCGGAGCGGCCGCUCGGGAUCGCGGCGCGGUUCUGCGAGCGGGGCAGCCUCCGCUCGGUCCCCGCCAGCCCCUGCCGGGCGCCAUGCGGCUGCGGCUGACCCUSCUGGCGCUCUCGGCGCUGCUGGUGCCCCUCCGGAGCGCGGCUGUCCCCGGGGAGCGGCAGCCCGCAGUGCCUUCACCAAUGGAGAUGGUAAUAACAUCUGAAAAUUUUAAAACAGUUUUGCAUUGGCAGUACCCAUCUCUGUCUGAAACUCCUCAUUUUAUUGUGGAAAUCAAGCCUUACAAUUUAGGUCGCUAUAAGAAUGUCUCAACCUGUGUGAACACUUCAGCUCAUUUUUGUGAUCUCUCAGAGGAAAUAUGUGACCCUUACGUGUCUCAUUGGCUUCGAGUUAAAGCUGUUGUUGGGUCACAGCAGUCUGAAUAUGUUGAGACAAAUGAGUUUAUUUUGCAAAGGCAUGGCAAAAUAGGACCACCAAAACUGAAUCUCUCAAGACAUGGUGAUAAAAUCAUGGUUGAUAUUCACCAUCUUGUAUUCCCUCUUUCUUGUAUUGAAGACAUUUAUUCAAAGCUUAUGUACUUGGUGACUGUUCGGGAUAGUAAAAAUGAGACUGAAGAGCUCUAUGAGGACAACUGUACAAUGCAUAAGUGUAGCCUCAAAAUCCCAGUUCCUGAUGAAGUUUCCACUUACUGUAUUUCAGCAACAGGAAUUUUUGAUGAGCUGAUAGUUGGCACUCCAUCAGAGGAAAGCUGCACUUCUAUUCCUCUCAAGCAGACAUUGAGUACACAUAGUAUCAUCGUUCUGUGUGUUAUUAUUGGGAGCUUGACUGUAAUCCCGACAGUAUAUUGUGGCUGCAAGAAACUGAGGAAAAAGAACAUAACGCUGCCCAAGUCUUUGGCCAGUGUGAUGAGAAACCUGAACUCAGGUGCCUUACUGGGAUCAAAAUCAGAGGGGAAGUACAUAUCCGUGAUUAGCUUCCCGUCAGAUCACUCAGUGCUGCCAGUGAAUGGUGAAGUAACCUUGCUGGAAAUAGAUCCAGAAGAAGAAACUGUUACUCGUGAGCAGAAUUCCUCUGAAGGAGAAUCUUCUGUCCUUYCCUCAGAGGCACCAGCCAAAGUAGAAGAGGUGCCUGUGCAGGAAAGCACAGAGGAGGUGUCUUAUGAUGCUGAUGGACAAAAUGGUGAAAUAAAAGAGAGUUACUUCAGUUCUGACAGUAGCCAAAUGGAUACAUGCAGUAAGUCUUCAGGGGCAGAGAUUUCUACCACAGAAACACAGCAAACAGUCACUCCAAGCAGCUGCUUCAUCGYUUCUGGCUAUGACAAGCCUCAUGUUCCAUUAGAUAUGUUGAUGCUAGAUGUUGGUGAAGAACAGCCUGUGAAUGCUUACAGGCCAACUGAGUAACCAGGAUAACUGAAGUGUUUAACCACAACUCAGAAAGAGCAGCAUUACUGAAGGUUAUGGAAAGUCUGGGUUAAAYUCUGAACAUCUACAAGUUGCACUUGUUCUGAUCAGUACACAACUGAAAGUAGAGCYUGAAAAUAGCAUAAAAAGUGUGGGAAAGUUUUGUAAUAACCCUUUUUAGAAAUGCUUUUACAUAUGAUAUAACUCAUUAUUUCCUAUUUGAAAUAGUGCUUUUAAAUAGUGUUUUUAGCAAUACUCUGUAGAAAGCAUAACAAUUGACUGUAAAACAGCAGCUGUACCAUUAUUCACUUCURCUUCAAAUCCUUUUCGAAAUUAGUUCAAUGAGCGUAAUGCUUAAAAAAAUCCUUCAUUUGUUUAUGACAGACAUGUGCAAGAAAUUCUUCAUGCACAUGUCUGUCAUAUGUGAGAAUUUUUACCAUUACUGGAGGUAUCCUCUUGCGUUAUGUUUUUCUCUUGAAGAGUUUUUUUUUAAUAUUAAAUGCUACUAUUUCUUGUAAGUAAGAAUAUGCCUACAAGCUCUUCCURUAUAUCUUAAGAAUAUGAUUCCAUGUCAAAGGAGUAAGAAGCAAUGGCCAUAAACUAAGAACACAAGAAGCUCACCUCAAUAUGAGGAAGAACUUCUUUGCAUUGAGGGUGGUGGCAGAGCACUCAAAGAGGCUGCCCAAGGAUAUCAUGGAGUCUCUGUCUCCGAAGACAUUCAAAACCCACCUGGACACAUACCUGUGUCACCUGCUCUAGGUGACCCUGCCUUGCRUGGGAGUUGGACUGGAUGAUUUCCAGAGGUUCCUUCCAACCCURACAAUUCUGUGAAAGUACCAGUUAUUUGUUGUCUUUGCUGUUACUUCUGUACAGCAGCAUCCAUUUGGAUCACCUAGUGACAUGGGUARCCAUGUCACGUUCUAGAUAAUGCCUUAGCCUCCAGAAUGCCUUAGCAAGCUGACUGAUCAUCAUUUGAAAAAAAAGUCUAAAGGGUGGUUGCACAAAUUCUUUAGAAAAUGUCCUCAAAAUUCAAGAGCCUGCUUUCUUCUGGGGCAUUUUAAUCCUAAUUUUUAGAACAAUAGGUUCUUUAAAUAGAAAUCAAUACAACUUCUAAGYAUGUUUUCUAGCAGGAUGAAAAUCACUGUCAUUUUUCCCCUUUUUAUAACAUAACUCAGGAUUUAUGCAAAAUCACCCUCUAAAAAUAGAUCUCAAGACAACAGAAAAAUAGUGUAGCUAAGCUGUACUUCAUAAGUUGUAUUGUCAUCUGACAGCCUUCUGGAUUUUGUAUCCUAGAAACUAGUUUUCUUAAAAACUGAAGAACAAGAAUUUUAUAUUUUCAUAUUUUUUUCAUAUUAAAAUCCAUGCAAUCCUUUUAUUUUCCUUUAGUCAAGAUUUGAUUGGUAUUUUCUAUUUGUAGGAAAUGUUUAGAGCAAUUGUUAAUGAAGCUUAGUUCAGGAAAAAAGAAAGCUUUACRGGUAAAAGUUGCUCCAUUUAUGCAAAAUUAUGUUUUUGUUUUAAAAGACAUUUUAUGGGAUUAYCAGAAUUGUUAGCAUGUUAUAGCAGGUGAUUUUAAAGGACAACCAGUGUCACAGUACUUCUGUCCUUAACAAUUCUCAGUGACAUGAGUAUUCUUCAGGUGAAGUUGGCGUAAACUGCAAUUUCAGGAGUGCUUCCAUUCUUGUAUAUGUCAGRUGUUGACCACAAUGGUACAAAAGAUUUAAAGACAAUAGCUGUUUUUCCCAUCUCUGCUCACAGGAAGGUAACAAGAUCAUCAAAACCCUGCUAACCAGUUUAAGAGAAGCCAAAUAAAGCAGGUGAAUUUUGUAAUUAUGAUGUCAUGGAAAGCCCAGUUAGCAUUUGUUAGCUGGCUGUGAUUUGUUUCUGCAUUAUAUUCAAGCAUAGUGAGAUCCCCUAGCAACCUUUUCAAUGUCAUGUUCUGGRUUGAACUCUAGAAGGCAGUGGUUAAUGACUUACUCCUUAGGAUCCACUAAUGUGUAGGUAUCUCCAUGGUAGAAGUGCAGAAAAUAACUCUCUUUAGAAGCCUACAAGAAGGCUUUUUGAAAAUCAGCAUUAAUUGCACUUGAAACUWCAACUAAACUGACUUUCCAGGUAGUGAUGUGGUCCAUCACUGAAGCUUCUAUCAGGCUGUCUACUAAGGAGAUGAGCAGCUGCAUCUUGUGCAGAGRUUGGAGUUGAUAUAACUUCUUUCUGGGUUCGGAGGUUUGAUGAUAAACACGAAUUGUAGUAAAUACCUCAGGAAUUUAUAAAUGUCAGAAAAGUGUUUAAGUUAAACUUGUCUCUGAAGGGAUAAAGAGGGCAUUAGAAACUGUGAAGUUAACCUUGUUUUUUGGGAAGAAGUUUCUGAUCAGACAAUUUGCUGAGUAUUUUCUUUGCAACUGCUUAGAGUAUUUAACCUUGCAACUGAUAGCUUGUUUUCCUUCUGUCAGUUUUGUCAAAAAAAAACAAAAAACAAAA